GAUGAGUCAGAAAUUUACGACAUUUCAAUGAAAAGAGGUUGGCGGCGGGUGAUUUCGUGUCGUACGCCCACUGAUAGCUACUGUCAUGACAGUCAUCCAGCGUGGAGGAAAGGGAAACCAUGGCGUUGUUGCAGAGCGCAUGCAGAAGUCGAUACGAGACAUGGCUAUUCUACAUGAUCACCGGACGACGUGUUAUUCUUGACGAAAGCCAGUCAAAGACAUUCCAUGGAAGAACUCGUCACGUAUGUCGAGAGCCCAGACUCUCUCAACUUGUGAAGAAUCAUUUUGCGACUUUAUCCUUGAUAUUAUCACAUCCACUGGUCUGGUCUCGCCUUUCUCGGUUUGACACAUAUACACUUCUGAUAAGAGAAUUCAAAUGUUUCAGUGCGUUUUGGAGGUCACAGAGGCAGAGGAAGGUGAGGUCCGAGUCUAACGGUGGUGGAACA